UGCAUGCAUUGAUGGUGUCAUAGAGUGAGUGCAUGGUUACACAACAACUUGUUAACAAAAACUAGGGUUUAUCGCUCGGCAAGAAUGAACUGUUUUUGUGGAUUAUUGUCCGACCAAGGAUCAUUUGGACAAUACCAACCCGCUUCAAUGAAUGUGCUGGUAGGCUGGAGUACGUAAAAUCCGAUUCAGUCCGGGCGAUUAACUUCAAAUCUUACUGAUCAACUUCUGGUUGAGCGGUGAAAACGACUGCACUGUGCACCGGUGCAUAGCGUCAUAAAGACGGCAUCUGACGGUGACAGCGGCCGGUAGGUUGGCCAGCUACCGUGGACUUUGUCUUGGCAGAGGAUUUGGUGAUUUUUGGAGCUCAAGUGAGGUGUUGAUUGCCGUGUGAACCAUGCCGACUGGAGUGGCAUCAAGUUCGGUUAAGCAUUCCGGCAAGAUGUGUCGAGUCUUCUGCCGUUUACUUCUUGCAGUUUAUUUAUGCUUUCUACAUGGAGCAGCAGGGGAGACGAACCAGACCAAUCUUCACGUGGCAUCAUUCAGCAUGCGCGGUGCUUCGGGUCAGGUCAGCUUCUUUGAGGAUGGUCCUGGCCAAGACGUCACCAUCCACGUUGCCCUGAUAGGGCUGGAGCCGGGAACCUAUACCUGGGCAGUCCAUGAGAAGCCGAUGAUCUACGGGCAGCAGCCAGUUUGCGGUGACGCCCUCAUCGGUGGAGUCUAUACACACGGAGGGGAUCUGAGUGCCGUGGAGAACACCACCAGAGUGUCUGAAAGUGGGAGUUGGAAUGCCAGUUACUCGAACGCAGUGAUAAGCCUUAAAGGGCCGCAAAGCAUCACGGGUAGGACUCUGGUACUGCAGGAGUCAUCGUCCCAAGAGAAGUAUUGCGCCAUGAUAGCCAACUCUCGCGAGAUGAUCACGGCGGUGGCGAGAUUUGACGCGCCUUUCGCCGGCACGGUGACCUUCCGCCAGGAGAGAGACAACCCGGAAGCAGAGACCGCCAUUUUGGUAGAAUUGUAUGACGUCACUGAUCCCUUGACCUCGAUGACGUAUGCUUGGCGGGUCAGCAGCAACAGCGGCUACAACCACGAUAUGGACCUGGCGACUCGGUGUACGGAGACAAGCUCUGAUGUGUACAACCCCAUAGGAAUUGACGCAAUGGCUUGUGGGAUCGACGAUCCAUCCCGUUGUCCAAUUGGACACCUUACCGGUAAAUUCGCUGACGUCACUGUGGAACCCCUCCCCUCAGUCGUGACGCGUUAUUUUAUCGACACCAACUUGCCGUUAUCCGGUGAAAAUUCGGUGAUGGGUAAAUCACUCGUGUUCAGCGACGCUGCGGGUGAUUCUGUGGCUUGCUCUCCAGUCUUAGAAUUAAAACCCAAAUCGGUGGAAGCUCUGUUCAGCGUCAGGAACGUAUCUGGGACCAUCAGGUUUAGUCAGAGGUCGCCUUAUGACGCCAGCAAGAUCACAGUGGCCCUGGAGAACCUACGAGGAUUGGGGACGGGUAUUCACCUCCAGGAACUUCCACCGCCUCCUCGCACCUACGCCAGCGACUGGCCAGCUGGACCAGACAACGUAGCCGGCCAUCAUAACCCGUACGGCAUCGGGCCUGCACCGCCUCCGGGCACCGGUACCCAUGACCAGUACGAGGUAGGAGAUUUGAGCGGGAAAUUCGGCCUCAUGACGGGAUUCAACCACUUCAACGACACCUAUUUGGAUUGGAAUCUACCUCUGUUUGGAAGAAAUAGCAUCAUUGGCCGAUCGUUGGUGAUUCAUAACAUUGAUGGUGAACGGUGGCUGUACGCCGCCAUCGGCUACCCGACCAAGAGAAAGAUUGUCAAGGCUGUCUUCAAGGCGCCCUCUGUUGGUAAGAUCGUGAUGAGUCAGGCCAUCGACGAUCCCUAUGCUGACACCAGUAUUUUCGUCGAGAUGGCCUACGCAGACGGUUCGGACACCACUACGGGCCACGACUGGCACAUCCAUACACAAUCCGUGGCUGAUGAUUACAUCUCUACUAACGGUCGCUGCAGCAGUUGCGCCGGCCACUUUAACCCCUUCGGCGCUGAUCUCGGUCCAAAUUACACCGAGUGCUCGCCUGAAUUCCCCCAGCGGUGCGAACUGGGAGAUCUGUCCAAGAAACACGGCCAGCUUACCGUCACGAACCAGAUGAACCUCGGCGCGGGCAAAUUCUUCUUCAUGGAGACCGGGUUGCCGCUUAGCGGUGUCCACUCUAUCGCCGGCAGGUCCAUCGUCAUCCACGCUGCCGAUGGAGGAAGUCCGAGGAUUUCCUGCGCCAAUCUCCUGGAGGUACCACCGACGGAAACCACCGCCGACCUGUGGUCCGAAGGACCCGUGUCUGGGGACAUAUCCUUCCAGCAAGAGUCCGUCUUCGACCCUGUCCAGGUACACGUCAACGUGGAAGGCCUAAGCAGCCUCGCAGGUGGAUGGCACGUCCACCUGCUGCCAAUAGACGAGGACGUAGACUCGGCACCGUGCGGCCCCGCGUCGGUCCAGGGACACUACAACCCCUUCGGCGUGGUCGGCUCGCCCGCCUACGGCACGCAAGACAUGUACGAAAUGGGCGACCUGAGCGGCAAAUUCGGGGGGUUUUCUGACUCGCCUGACGCCUGGAAUCACGUCUACUACGACACCAACCUGGCCCUGGAAGGGCCACGGAGCAUUAUCGGACGAUCCCUGGUGGUCCACAAGAGCGCUGACGGGUCACGUUGGGUUUGCGCGACAUUACAUCGUAAAACACACCAAGACGACUUCAUCAUGAAAGCCAAGGCUGUCAUAACCACCUCCGAUUACACUGGCUAUGCUGUACUGAGUCAAACACGCUAUCACACAGGGGCCUUGGGAGACGCGACCGUAGAUUUCGGUUUGCAGUCAAACGUCGCUGAGGAGGACACCUUUUACUGGAACUUACACCCAGGGCAAGUAGAUGACGAUACCUGCUUAGACUCGUCAUCAAUCUUCAACCCUUACGAAGUGUCCAUGGUUGCGGAAUAUGGCAGUCAGUGCGAUACGAAAUCACAGCUCCGUUGUGCGGUGGGGGAUCUGACGGGCAAGCACGGCAACAUGAGUAGUGCCGUCAAACGCGCCGUCUACACCGAUGUCAACCUGCCACUCACCGGUCAAGACUCAGUUUUGGGCCUUUCCCUUCAUUUGAUAUCAACAAACACUGGUCAGUUUGCCUGCGGUACCGUGGAGCCAGAUCCAAGCACGGGAAGAGCCGAAUACCUGUCAUAUCCGAGCACCACAAUAUUCGAUCCAUAUAAAUUCAGGCAGGCCAUGCACGAUCAUAUGACGAAUGCCGAAAUGUGGCAAAUAGUUGCGACGCAAGAGCCACAGAAUAACCCAAUGAAUGACUGCGCAGUGCUAAAGUUCUACUUUAUUGGUACUGGCUUGGAUGAUAUGGAUCGGGAGUUCAAGCAGAAAGCGAACUCCGACGAGCUUGGGGAAUACUCGCCUACGUCCCAAUGCAAAGAUGUCAGCGGAGGCUCGAGCCGAACGACAACCGUUGGGUCUUUCGUGUUCUCAGUACUACUCGCCCCCUUCUUGGUCCUUCGGCUGCUAAACUAGCGUCAACAUCGAUGUCUUUCAAAUUCCCACCAAGAAUAUUGUGCUAUCUCGAUGUAUAAGCAGCAUAAAGGCAGAGUUCAAAUCGUGUCACUUUCCAGUAAAAUGACAUGUUAGGUCCCAAGUAACAGGAAUUAACAAUGAUUAAUUUUAAUAGCUUGUCACUUACUUGAGGUUGAAUGAUUUCUAAUUGACUCGUGAUGACUUAAGAAUGACUUCCGAUGACUUGAGCAUGACUUGCGGGGAAUGUAUUACAAUACAUGUAGGCCUAUUUAGAAUUGGAACCAUCUGUUUUUCAACAACACAGCAGAAACAACAUUUUUUUGUGAUAAACUAAAGAAAACAAACGUUCACUUUUGAUUCGUUUGUGACCUUCAGAGACCUUUUGAUUAUGUGCGAAGUCUUUCCACAGCUCUUUUUUUAACUACAGUUUUAAAGCCUUGACCAUAGCACUUUUGUGUGUGAGUUCGUACCUAUCACCCGAGCACUUGUGACACCUAAACAUUUUCUUUCAUCUCUUAUUGGGCGGAUUUCGUUCACUCGGGUCAACACAUUUGUGCAUGACAAGUGACCUACCCACAAUACUUUGCAAAGUCUGCAUCUCCUUGACAAGUUUUUAGUAGGGAUUAGCGGUCACCAGUGUCAUUGGAUGGAGCAUGGGUACCAGCGAACACUGUGUGUAUAUUUUUGUUAUUCAAUGAAUUUCUCGGCUUAGCAAGCAGAAGAAAAAAAAUGCCACCCGCCUGUUGAGAAAGAGAUUUGGGUUUUGAUCACAGAGGAUUUGACUGCAGGUACCAACAUCCAUUUACAAACAAACGAGUUUAACAAUUUGCAAAAGAUAUUUCUUCCUGACGACCAGCUAAAGGAAGCGCGCCCUCACCUAAUUUGAAUUAUUUGUAAAUAAACUUUCCCACAAACAAAUGGACUCUCGCGACGUCAACGCAGCUUGUCCAAUUACGUGAUAUACAAAUGGACGCGGAACGCGCAAAAUCCGAGACAAAGAAAACUUAACGUUCAAAAUUCUAUAGAGUUGUCUAAGGGGCGUGGCUAACUCGCAAACGGUGAGCGUUGAGCCAUUAACUUUUUCAUCUUCGUUUGUUAGACCAGCUCUGAUUUUUGUUCAACUUUUUUUCUCCCCUAUUUUGUUUUCGACGUUUUGUAACUACUAACACAUCGUUUAUUAAUAUUACGUUUAUUCGGUUCAACAUUAGGCACAUUAAAGAAGACAACCUUAAUGUUUACAGUUUAUAUUUCUUAAAUAAGGACGGUGUAUAUGUUUUUGAAAUAUAUAUAAUAUAUUUGAAAUAAAUGGUUGGACAUUUUUUUUCUAUCACUUAUUUAUCACUUA